ACACAAUACUAUAAGCGCUCAGUGCAGCGCCUAACACAACAACUCUUCCUCAGAGGGCUAGUUUGUUAAACAUUGAACAAGACCUCGUAAAGACCCCCUCAAAUUUUUGUAUCUACCUCGGUGGUCGUUAUGCUUGGAGGAUACAUUCGCAUGUUAAUAUCCUGGGCGAGGCUCACUGUCAGGACGAGUGCAUUUCGGUCAUGCACAAGCAUCCUCUAUGUCCUCCUGCGAUUCUUUCGACACUGUCAAGUCGUCAUUAGCGGAAAAGAAAGAACUUUUCGAGAACCGGGAGAAGGAGAUGAAUGUUGGGACCCUCGCAGUGCCGUUGCUUGAAACACCCUCACAAAGCGAAGGCGCAACUUCUACUGCCCAAUUUACUCGAAACUCUUCUGCGCCAUUGACUCUAUCAAGCUAUAUGAGUAUGCCCGAGCCCAACAUGCCCACAACGCCACCCUAUGCUGCCGCGGCGAGCAUUCAGACUGCCGUGGUUGUCACCGCGCGACCAGAUCCUGCGGCGACAGGACACUUCUUUGAUCUAAUUCCCAUUAUACCCCGACAGAUAAAGCGAUACGGGAGGAAGGACCCUCAAGGAGAGUAUGCAGUGUAUGAGGUUCCAAAAGGUCCUUUGGACUGUUCAGAGGAGCUUGUUCCGGUGUUGGGGUGGGAGCCGCUCACGCACCCGGAAGGCGCUUUAUUUUUCUAUCACUCUGAUUGUAGAGUUUUCACUGAUGUAGAUGUGCGAGAACCUGGAAUUGCAGUUAAAAUGAGUAUAGCUAUUCAGCAGGUGUAUGAAGAAGCGCACAAGGCAGACACCUUUCAUCCGUCUGUUGAGCUAGCGUUGGAGCGCAUGGAGGUAGAUGGAAAAGAGAAAUGGGGCUACUACUUUGCCGAUCAUAAUAGAUGUGUCAUUUUCUGGCUUGAACCCCACCCAUCUAAAGAACUUAUGAGUAACGUUCGGGGAGUAAAGCGCAAAAAUCACGUCAGAUAUGCAUUAGAGUCGCAGUACUGGUUCGUUUCCCCUCAGAAGAGACACAUUGAACUAUUCCCAAACAAACGCCUCCUGCCGAAAGACGUUGUCGUGAGACUCAAGGAAAUUGUCAUGUUUACUCAGGCAGACAGUAUCACUUCUGAAAAAUGCCUAACACCUUUUUCUUCGGACCAGGUUGCAAGUAUACUCGGCCUUAUGAAUCCUCUCAUGAGCAGUAUUGAUAAGGAGCAUGAGCAUUCGGUGUGGAUCGUCGCUCGAUUUAUGGGACAGUUCUGCAGGGACAAGUUUGUGAAUUUCUGUGGACAACCAGGCGCCCGACUUGAUGCGAACCAGUCGUUAUAUGGAGAUCCCGACACGCGCCCGAAAAACUUUCCUUUUCGUGUCAUGAACAUCAUUCUGUUUGGAUCCCCUGAUGCUCAUAGCAAGGCUAUUCACAACAUAUGGGUCGAUUAUACCAUCGUUCAACGACGGUGGAAGAAUUUUAUCACCGGACUCAACAGUGAAUGGAAUGGAUACACAAUAUUUUCUACUGUGAUGCUUGCCGUUGAUAUCAGCUUUCUCGCGGUCCCAUCGGUCCAGAAUCAAGCUCCUGCGAUUCUUGUGUCAUAUCUGUCUACCCUCUGUGCCAUGGGCUCGUUAGUGAUCUCCCUAGUUUUGGCCGGACAAGUCAACGACGGCCGGCGAGACUCUGCUAAAAGCGUAGUAAGCUUCCUAUUCAGUUAUUUGACCUGUGUUCUUUACGUUCACCAGACUUCGUUCAUGGUAGGGAUGUCGCGUUCAAUGCUCGGCCUCGAGAGCCUUGCCCUGAUGCUCAGUCUACCGCAUGCUCUUCUAAUUUGGGGAAUGGCAUUCUUUGCUGUAGCAUUACUCAUCAUGAUUGUCCGUACUUCUGGCGCUGUCACUAUCUCGAUUGUAUCUCCAAUGUGGGCUGCUAUGGUUAUCCUGGCGGGGUGGCCGGUACUGACUGCCAAUGGUUUUCACAUUUCGCACCUGAGGUCAUGGGUCACCCGACACAUGUCACAUUCUAGAUCGUUAGAGGGCGCUGCCACCAGCUCUCAUGCCUAAUACAGUUGUAGUUGAUGUGUUGUAGUAUACCCGAUUUCUCCUGGAUAUUCACCACACAGGACUAAGCUGAUCUGGGUUUGCUUCAGAAUGAAAUCGACAAUCAUCACCAGUCUGAGCCAUCACUCAGACAUCCUCCAUCUGUACCAGCCACCGAGACAUGCGCCAUCGAUAGGUACCUUCACGGGUCCCUGCUACUUUCGUCACUGUUGUUUUCAGUUUGUAAAUUCCCGGGGAAAACGGGCUGGUUUAGCAUCGCUAUUUUCAUGUGACAGCGUAGUCAGAUUCAAGGCACAAGUAACAGGUCUAUUUGAGACCGUGAAAUUCUAGUUAUAGGUGUCCUUGUCGCCUCUUCUCUUCCAACAAU